GCGCGCCCGAUCAGCCUGCGCCCUGGCCGGGCUGCUGCUGCCACCGCCGAGCUGGGCGCCAGGAUGCGGCUCCCGCCGGCCCCGAUCCCCUUGCUCUUCCCCAUGCUGCUGUUGCUGCUGCUGGCGGGAGAGCCCUGGGCCCGCCGGGCGUCGAGCCGAGCCGCCGCCUCCUGCCCGCAGCAGCAGCAGCCGCCCCAGCAGCGACGCCUCAGCGGGCGAGAGCGGCGCGAGAUGCAGCGCGAGAUCCUGGCCCUGCUGGGCCUGCCGGGCAGACCCCGGCCCCGGACGCGACCCGCCCCGACGGGCACCAAAGCAGCCGCCCGGCAACAGCAACGGCAGCCGCCCUCGGCCGCGCCGCUCUUCAUGCUCGACCUGUACCGCGCGAUGGCAAGCCAGGACGACGACGGGGACGACGAGGGCAGCCCCUGGACGCCGAGCUGGGCGAGGAGUCCCCCGCGGAGCCGGGCCGCCGACGGCGCCGACACCGUCAUGAGCUUCGUCAACCUGGUUGAACUAGAUUGGGACAUCUUCCACCAGAAGCCUUAUUGGAAGGAAUUCAGGUUCGACUUGACACAGAUCCCAACAGGGGAGUCUGUAACAGCAGCUGAAUUCCGAAUUUACAAAAUGCAAAGCUUCAGUUGGCAUGUCAACAAAACCCUUCACGUCAGCAUAUAUGAGAUUGUCCAAGAACAUCCUAACAGGGACUCAGACCUGCUUCUCUUGGACCUCCAGGAUAUCCUGGCUGGGACAGAGGGCUGGCUGGUGUUCGAUGUCGCAGCUGCAAGUAAUCACUGGCUGUUACACCGCAAAUACAACUUGGGCUUGAGGCUCUAUGUGGAGACAGAGGACGGACAGAGUGUUGAUCCUGGAUCAGCUGGCCUCUUGGGUCGCCGCGGACCACGCUCCAAGCAGCCCUUCGUGGUGACAUUUUUCCGGGCAAGCCAAAACCAAGUCAGAGUCCCGCGUGCAGCCAAGCACCUGAGGAAGAGGCAGCACAAGAAGAGCCACAGCUUCCCCCACUCAAACAGGCUCCCAGGAGCGUUUGAUGAUGUCCACAUUUCUGAUGGGCGGCAGGUGUGCAGAAGGCACGAGAUGUAUGUCGACUUUCAAGAGCUUAAAUGGAUGGACUGGGUGAUUGCCCCGCGGGGCUACUCCGCCUUCUACUGUGCAGGGGACUGCGCUUUCCCUUUGGACUCCUGCAUGAAUGCCACAAAUCAUGCCAUCCUUCAGUCCCUGGUCAGUGUCUCCGCAUGGCAGAGGGCACAUUGGAACAAGAGAGGUUCACCUGAUGAAGCCUGAAACAGUCCCCAAGGCCUGCUGCGCACCCACCAAGCUCAGCGCCACCUCCGUCCUCUAUUAUGACAGCAACAACAACGUCAUCCUCAAGAAACACCGCAACAUGGUGGUCAAGACAUGUGGCUGCCACUGAUGCCUGGGUGGACGUUGGACUGCUGCUGCAUGCAGGAAAGAGGCAGGAGGGAAGCCCAGGCAGUCUGCGGGCCCUGAGCACCUGUUGGAGAGGAAGGGGACCCAAAUCUUGCCACUAUGCAGUAAGUGAAGGAGUCGGCUCUUCCCGCUUGACCUUGAGCUGACAGAGACUCGGGGCUGUUUGGCUGGAGGUCAGUUGGUUCACAUCCUCAACAAACUGAACAAUCCCCCACAGAGGAACCUUUGCCAAGCAAACUAAAACAUGAUCUGGCUGCACGCAUAGGCCUGUUUUGUAUUCUGUGCCAAAACCCCGCCCAGUUCCUGCACUGUAAAUUAAAUUAAACUUUAAAAAGCCACAGUAGAGAAGCAUGCAAAU